GCCCUCUCCCUCCCCCCCCCCCCGCCCCCCGCAAGGCUGGAGCAGCGGCGCCUGUCCUGGGGGUGUGGGGCGCUCUGUGGGAAGCUUUCCGUAACGCUGAGCUUGGCUGGCCAGCGGCGACAUUAAUUUCUUCUUAUUUGGGGCCGUUAUGGAUUUGGCCUUUAGAAUUGUUUGGGGUGGAAGGGAGUGUUGUGGUUUAUUGAAAGGUAACCGGUCCGAGUUGGUGUUGCUGCUUGUGCCCAAGAGGGGAGAGGGCUAGCUUUAAAAAAAGAAACAGCGUUUGGUAAGGAGAAAUAAAUGCAGGACGGUGUUGUGUGGUCCCAAAUCGGGGAAGGAGCUGUUGGGAUCUGCCUUGCGAGGAGCGGGCGCUGCGUGGGCGUCCUCGGUACCCCCGCAGAAGGCGCGGUGGCGGUUCCCUGUCCUCGCUGUUCCCAUCGCGGGUUCCCGGGAGACUGGAGUUGUGGGAGUCACCUUCUGGCUUUGAUUCCCCCAGCUUGGACGCAGAAUGUGCCGGAGAGACUAAGAAAGAUUGGCCGCCGCCGCCGCCUUUAAUAGUUUAACUUUGUGUUUGUAGAAAGGUUUUUAAAUCCUGAUUGGAUAGGGCAAGUUUGAUAGCAACAUAACUUCCCCGAAACUGUUCCUGAGCACAGCUGGCAAAACAGGCAGGAUUUGAGGGUAGAAGUAGUUCUAAAAAUAAUUCGACAGUGGAGGGGGAAAAGCGCAGGUGUGGAACGCAGACUGUUUAGUAAUGCCGGGGGUUGAUUUCUGCGGUUUCCAGAGAGCUAACUAGCCGUUUCCUUGGGCAAGUCACAGCCUUGCUGAUACAUCUGUUUCCUCUGGAAAACCGUUUCGUAAUACAGUUCCUGCCUUAAAAGAGUGUAAUGAAGAUCACGUGCCUUGUGUUAGUGAGCAUAAAUCACCACGUAAUGUGGUGGUGUAACAUAACGUCAGUUUUUAACAAAGCUAGCAUAUUUUUGGAAUUUUAAGAAUAAGCCGUGAAGUAAGAUAUUUGAUUUUCGCCAGAUCUGUUGCACUUUUUGUGUUGUUUCUGGCCAUGUAACCAGGCUGGCCUCCGGACUUGCUGUGUAAUCCAGGUCCCCUUUAGAGCUGACCUAGGAACGUGUGCCUAACUGCUGUAACUUUAAGUUUCUCUUCACGGUUUGAAAGAUCACUGUCAAGGUCUGCUAUCACUUCUUAUCUAUGUAUAAUUUUCCCUAAAACUGGAGAGCAUGCGUUUUCAGUUAAUUUAAAAGUAGAAAUAUUAAAUAUUCUCUGAAAAACGAUUUUAAUAACUGCUUAACAUUUUCAUCAUUUGAGUAUAUUUUUAGUUUUUCCUAUUGGCAGAUGUUUGGGGUUUUUCUAAUAUUUUGUGUAAAUUAUUACACAAGUCUUUGAAAUAGUAUACUCCCCUUUCCCCAUUAGAUUUAUAGGAGUCUGAGCCGGUUUUUAAAGUUUUUAUGCUCUUGUGACACCCCAAUUUUGAGCAUGUAUUAAUUUACUCAUAGAGGUAUAAAUGUGUCUCCUGCCAUAGCCUAGUUCAUCACCCAGGAUUGGCUAUAUGGGGAAAACCUUGUUGUCCACUCCCACUCCCACACUGACCUGUAUGUGGUAUCUGGUGCAUUUCCUAACUUACUGUUAGGUAUUUGAGAGAAAACUUCAUAUUCACAUGAGUAUAGCAAAUAGUGGAUGUCUAGUAAAGACUUGCCGAUUGGCUGCAAAUAUUUAAACUUUUUUUUUUAAACCGGUGAGCCGUCAGGAAAUUGUCUUUUCCUUUUUUGUCUUAAGAGUACAGAGUUGCUAAUGUAGUAACUGAUUGAGCUGUUUGAGUACUUGUUCCAUACGGCUAGGCCUCACUAGUCUUUAUAGUUUUCUAUUAAAUGUUCCAGUAACUUGCCAUUGAUAAGCAUGGCAUAUCCAAAAUGUUGGUCUGCUUUUCCUGCGUGUAUCCUUACACGUGGAUAUCCUUGACUCACUCACCACGCUUCCAAGGUGCUACUGUGAACAUUUCAUCCUGAUCAUCGUUAUUUCUCCCAUAGACUCUGUGCUACACAAACAGGAAGGCAGUGUCUACGGUUCUGUGCUUUGUUCCCGACUGUUCACAGCCCAAGAGUUACUGCCCAUGGCAUUCCUGCUGCUGGUCGCCUAUUCUUUCAUGUAAACCUUACAUGCAGCAAGCCAUUCAUGCUGUCAUGAUGUCUUCUUGGGUUUACACAUAUCUUGUUCCUUCCCAUAUAAGUCUGUGUUUGCUAUAUGAGGUGUCAGGUGAAGAAGUAGAAAGUUGUUUCCUUUAGGUUUAGGGCUGUCUUUAAGGUUGGUGUUGAUCUGGCUUAUCAAAUUGUUACAGCAAAGAGUGAGGCUGUUGUGUAGUGCAAAAUGACAGUGGGAUAUUAGCAGUUUAUGACUAAUGUGUGUUAUGUCUUCUAUCUGUUCUUAAAGCCUUUAUUAUAGUACUAUAAUAGAAAAAUCACACAAAAUAACUCAUAAGUAUUAUCUUUCAUAUUUUAUUCAGUAUGUUAUAUUUAGAAAGAGAAAGAAGCUGAAUAACUUUCUAAAUUUCUUCCUGUUUUCUCUUAAGUGCUGUACUAAAGGAACAUUUCACAGACACAGAUUUUUUUCUUGCCUAGUCAUGAAAGAUAAAAACAAAAACAUGUUAUUAAGAAUGAUACCAUACUUUCCAGUUGAUAAUGUAUAGUGAAAAUUGAGGAUAAUUCAUAGUGGAUUUUUUUUUUCUUUUUCUUUAAAGACAGGAUGUUGCUAUGAGACCUGGGUCAGCUUAGAAGUCACACUGUAGUCACAGCCACCCUGUAACUUAUCUUUUAGUUUGUCUUUCAUGUUGGGGUUUUGCUUGGCCACAAAGGAAAAUUUGAAUACUAAAUGUUAUUUCAUAUUUUCAAAAACACUUAUUUCUAUAUUGAUACAAAAGGUCAGCUUAUUUAUAGCAUUGAAAAUUUGUGAAUAUUUUAAAUCAUUCAUGAACUUUGUAAUGUUUCAGGUUCUUUUUGAGCUCUAUAGGACCCAGAGUUCAUAGGUAUGUCUUUAGUAGUUUAAAAAAAGAAAACUGGAAACUGUGGUACGUAAAAUUGCCAAAAUGAAUGGGCUGAACAAAUUUAUGACAAUGUACUUUUAAGUGUAAAUUUCUGCAAUCAAAUUUCUGUCCAUAGGAAAAACCUCAUUUUUAUUCUUAUGAGUCAUGCACUUACAGAAGAAGAGUAAUAAUUCUGCUUCAAGUAUGAGCUGUUUGAUCUGUUAUGUGGCCACCCAAGUGGCUUUAUCUUUAAUUAAAUUCCUUUAGUCUUCAAAGAGAAUUCCUUUUUAGGCAUAGUUUUCAAAGUGGAAGAAGCUUAUAAACAUCAUAGACUACAAAGUGCUGAGCUAACUAUAUUCUGCUCAUGCCAGUUAUUGCAGGGUUUUCUGUAGGGAACAGGGACUUCUCCUAAAAGAAUACAUAAAGAUAUCUGGAAAUAUGCUAUAUUUUGUACUUAUGGCUUUCAUUAAUUCCUAUUUUUUAAUACUUUAAAACAUUUUAAAAGAUGGUGUGACUAUCUGAGUGUGUGGGUUUGUGAGAGUGCAGUGUCUGUGGGAGCCAGAAGAGGGUGUUGGGUCUCCUGGAGAUGGAAGUACAGUGACUGGGAGCUGACCUACCUGGGUGUUGGGGUUGAGUUUAGGUCCUCGGCAAGAGCAGUAUGUGUUAUUAACUCCUGAGCCAACUCUUCAGCCUAGUUCUAGUUCUGUGAGAUAAAAAUUCAGCCAAUAUGAACUCAUUCUUGUUUUUAUAUUGCAUUUUUGCUUUUAUAUGAACAAGUUAGAAAAAUUGAAUUCUCUUAUAUUUUUAGCAUUUACAAGCCCAACUUAGGCCAGUGAGAUGGCUCAUUUUGUAUGGGUGUUUGCCACUAAUCUGAUAACCUGAACUGGAUCCCUGCAACAUGAGUAGUGAAGGGAGAGGACUUCCCACAUCCAUUAAAUGUCUCUGCUUUCCGUCAUAGCACCCCACCACAUGCUUAAUAAAUGUAAAGACAAAAAGAAAGCAUCUCACAUUUAGUUAGCUACUUUUCCUUUUUAGCAUGAGUCCACUUCAUGUAAUACUUAAGUCAUAUAUGUGGAAGUAAGUUUUGGUCCUUUCAAAUUCAAUUGGUAGGUUUUUGGUUUUGUUUUGUUUUUGUUUUUUUAAAUCGGUGAAUGUGUGCCUUAUACUCUGUAUUUCAGAGAAUAGAGUUUAUCAAAGUUACAAUUAAAAGUAAAUUUAAUGUUCAGGGGUAAAGCUGGAGAGAAUACUUUCCAAAGACAAUAUGGGAUGUUCAUGUGCAUUCUAGAAUAUAGAGCAUAACAAAAAUCUGAAGCAAUAUAAGGGGUAGGGAAUCAAAUUUUAAUAUUAACUUUUCAGGAGUAACAGUGGUUCUUAUCUGGAUUAUCAAAUUCAAGUGUGAAGGUACUAGGACUAGAUAGUAUUUAAAGGCCGAGAUAGAAUUUAAGUAAUUUUCUUUGAGGGCAUGUCAAUCUUUUGAGAUAUGUAAGUUAUUUAUUAGCUUGUAAAGAUUUGAUUACUGUGUCUGAACCAACUCAAUAGUAAUUGCCUUGACAGUUAUCUCACUAUGUAAGUGCAGAUUUUGAAAGAUGACUGCUUUUUCUAUGUUUCAUGAUCUCCAGAGGUUAGAUUACAUUUAGUUCAUGCUAGACUCAUAAGUAUGAAUGUGCUUUGAAUCUUAAAUGUACAGUGUAAGCAACUAAUGAAAACAUUCCAGGGACAAGGCAAAACUUUGCAUUUGUAAUAGUAUAAUUUCAGAAUCAGGAAACUCAGUUCUCAGUGAAUGCUCUUUGGAUUACAUUGUAGACUAAAAUUUUAGAAUUUAUGAUGUAGAUUAACAGAAUAACCCAGUUCAUUGUUUUGAUGGAUUAAUUUGGUUUUAUAAUAGUGAAAUUAAUAUACACCAAAAGAAGGAAAAAGGUGGCUGUAAAGUGUUUAUUUUUAAGUUAUAAGGGUUUUUUUUUUCUCAUCUAUAGAUAUUUAGAUCUGGGUGGUUUGUUGAAAGGCUAUUUACUUGACAGAUUGUUUAUAAUGGUUUUAUGAUAAGUUUUUGUAAUGCUAUUCAUAGAACCAUAAAAUUUCUGACUGCUAAGAUACUAAUGAAUUUUUUAUAAAAGAUUUAGGCUGAAAUAGAAGCUGAAAAAUCCUCUGUGAAAUGAAAUAGAAUUGUUUUUUUAGAUUAUCAAGAACACUUUCCCUAACAGAGAAUCAAAACUGUGUAGCUGCUGUCUUUCAAAGACUACUGAUAGUUUUUAAGCUUGUAGUAUUUACUUAAAAAAAAAAUCCUAUUAGCUUGAUACCUUAGUGUGUGUCUUUGACAAGAAAAAGUUAAUUUUUCCAAAAUAAUUUUUCCCCUUGGAGGUCAUUAGACUAAGCUUUUUAGCAAAGUGCUACAUUAUACUCAAACAUUUAGGGUAUACUCAAAUAAAUAAUCCUUGCCAGUAGUAGUGGUAUCUAGAAUCAUAGCACACAAUAUUUUUGCAUUUAGACAUUUUUUAGAUUUACCUAGGAUUAAAUCUCACCACCCCAUUAUGUAUGUAGUUAAAAACUGAUCAGCAUGCUUUUUAGAAAAUUGUUGGAAUUUGUUUUCUCUGUUGCCAUGGCUGUAGGUGCCCACAUAUAUUUGGUAAGAUAAAUUUAUGAAUUGAAAUUUUGUAGUUAGUGCUUGAUUCCUGAUUAUUUAAGGAACAAUAUGUUUUACCUUAUACUAUCUAGUACAGUAAUCCCUCACUGCACAGAUGUGAGCAUUUGAAAUGAGGCUUUUGCUACAUUAAGACUGUGGUAAAGAAACUGGAUUUUUGAAGAUUUUCUCCAUAUAAAGAUUACAUAUAGUCUUAUUAAGAAAAUUCUAUUAAAAAAUGUCAGGUGGUGGUGCAUGCCUUUAAUCCUUUAAACUAAGGAGGCAGAGACAGGGAUAUCUGUGUGAGUUCGAGGCCAGCUAGGCACACUAUGCAGGUUGAUGCAGGAAGACUAUGAAUUUGAGGCCAUUCAGUGCUAUAUGUAAGAACCUCUCUAGAAAUAAGGGCUGGUGGUAUAGCUCUAAGUCAUAGAGAAGUUUCCUAGUACUUGUGAGAUUGGAUUUGAUAAUCUGCACCAUAAAUACAUGCAAAUGUGAUAAGAAAUUUUAGUACAUAGUUUUAAAUAUAUUACUUGUGAACAAACUAUUAUGUAGUAAGUAACAAUUUCAUGUAAUACUUGAACACUUUAAUUUAUUAAGGGACAUAAAUUAUAUGAAUUGAUUUGACAUUUGUUCUCCUGGGUUUUCUUGGAAUAUGGGGUUUGAUAUCUUACAUAAGUUGGGGAAAUUAUUAGUCAGAUUUAUCACUUCUGUUGUUUCUUUUCCUUUCUUGUUGCCAUUAUGUAUGUUUUCUCUUUCUGUAGCUAUCCCAUAAUGCUCCACACUCAGAUUUUUGAUCAUUUUUGCUUUUUAAUUUUUUCUUUAGUCUCCUUUUGUUUUUUCAAUUUGUAAUUUUUCUCUUGAUAUAUCUUUUAUAUUCAGAGCUUUGUUCAGACACAUUAAGUUUAUUAAUUAGUCCAUUUUUAUUUACUUGUGUAGUGUGUGAGUGUGUGCUUGUGUGCACACAUGUGCUUGCACACAAGCUAUGAAAAGCAUGUGAAGGCUGAAAGCUAGAGCAGACUGGAACUUGGUGUGUCUUUACUUUAUAGUUAACUAUACAUGACCAGAAACAAGACCCAGGAGACUUUUAAACAGACUUUUAAACGUGUAUUGUACACGUUUGAAUAUUUGGUUGUCUUGAUUGUACUGACUCCUACAUUUUGUUGUUUCUUACUAAAGACAUUUUCAUUGUCCUUUGGGGCCUGUCCUCUCGUGUAGCUUUCUCCCUUUCACAUAAACACUACUGCACUCCCUAGUCUUGGUUCUGGCUCCUUUCCCAUGUUUCUACCCUCUGCCUAGGUAAACGCCUGUCCUUGGCUUUACAUACUAUUUAUAUGCAUGACUUCUCCAAGUCCUGUCUCUAAUUAUGACCUCUCACUUGAACUCUACACUUGUUUGUCUGACUCCACUUGGGUGGCUAAUGCAUACUUCAAACAUAAUAUACCCCAAGCAGCACUUAGAAAAAAAGAAGGCUCCCAAGUCUGUCCUGUUUCAAAACUAUCACCACUGACCGUACAUUUGCUGAAGCUGGAAAACCAAGGAUUAUUUUUAGUUUCUUUUCUUUUUUUCCUUUUUAAGCCCAGUGAAAUGUUGGUCAUCAAAAGUUUUGUUGGCUCUACUCUGAAACAUUUGAGUUGACUUUUCCUCAUUUUUAUUAACACCUCCAAGCAACCCAUUUGGCUUGCAUUGAUUCAGUAACUGUCUCUGGUUCCUCUGCAUUCAAAGUCUUUUUUCCAUAGGACAGAUUUCCCCACAUAAAUGUCUAAUGAUUCUGCUUCACCUUAAUUCAGUGGUCUGGCUAUAUCUACUACUUUGGUUUUCUUUUUUCUAUUUUUUUUCCGCAGUCAUUAUGUUCUAGGCAUAGCUACUUUUUUUUUUUUCUUGUAAGCAUGCCAAACUUAUUCUUGUCCAAAGCUUGCUUGCUUGCUUUCUUUCUUUCCUUCUUUCUUUCUUUCUUUCUUUCUUUCUUUCUUUCUUUCUUUCUUUCUUUCUUUCUUUCUUUCUUUCUCUUUCUUCCUUCCUUCCUUCCUUUCUUUCUUUCUUUCUUUCUUUCUUUCUUUCUUUCUUUCUUUCUUUCUUUCUUUCUUUCUUUCAGGGGAGGGCAUACAUUCUAGAUGCUUCUUAGCUUGUCAUUGUUUGAGGUCUUAGAGCAGGUAACACCAAGAAACCUUGAGAGGCCUAUCUUCAACCACACAUCCAAAUUUAGCCAGGUGCCAGUAUAAACAUGCUCUCGACUUUAGUUGUGAUAAACACUUACAAAAUCUUUAUUUACUAGAUAUUUGAUCUACUCAUUGUCUUAGUUACUUUUCUAUUGCUGUGAUAAGACAGUAUGACAUAGGCAACUUAUAAAAUGAAAAGUUUAAUUUGAGGCUCAUGUUCCUAGAGUAUUUGAGUCUCUGGCCUUCAUGGUGCUUCAUGGUGGGAGCUUGGCAUCAGGUAGUAGACCCUGGGGCCGUAGCUAGGAGCUCACAACUCUAUCCAUAAGCACAAGGCAGAGAGAUCCAGACACUUGGGAUAGCACAGGUUUUUGAAACCUCAAAGCUUGUUCUUAGUGACACACCUCCUCCAACAAGAACACACCUCCUAAUCCUUCCCAAAUAGUUCCACUAAUGAGUGACCAGUUAUUCAGAUAGAUUCAAAUCAACACACUUUAAAGCCACUUUUCACAUGAAUGUAGUAGUUUUUUUUUUAAAGUUCUUUAUAGUUAAAUUCACCUCCCCUCCCUUCUCUCUCUAGCAUGCUCCUCUGUACACUUUGUGAGAGUAGACCUCUUUCUAGUAUUUAGGAUAGUAUCAGACAUUUUUAUCUAUGAAACUUUUAAAUGAAUAGUUGAUUUUUAGAAUGAAUAUAUAUUAAAUGGAGAUAAAAGACUCAAGCUUCUACCCAAGGCAGACAAUUAUUUUAUGACUUUGUAACUGUUUUCUUGUUUUUUGCCUUUAAAAAACCAAACUGAUUAAUGUCUAUAAUUUGUGCAAUUUAAUUUCAUUUUUUAAAUGAUAGUUUUCUAGCUAUCUUUCAUAAGCAUCCAAUAUGAAAAAGAUGUUUUUAAGAGUUUAAGCUUUUACAUGUAGCCCAUCAUUCAUUUUGAUGGACCUGACCAUUUUCAUACAUGGUAUGAGGCUUCCAGUAAUUAUCUCCAGGAUUCGCCAUGACCCCAGCUCUGAAGGAGGCAACAACAAAGGGUAUCUGCUUUUCAUCUUUGCCAAAUACCAUGGAAUCUGACAAGAUGCUGUGCAUGGAAAGUCCGAGAACUGUAGAUGAAAAGCUUAAGGGAGGAGACACUUUCUCUCAGAUGCUGGGAUUUCCGACUCCUGAACCUACUCUAAAUACUAAUUUUGUGAAUUUAAAACAUUUUGCCUCCCCUCAGGCUUCAAAACAUUUUCAGACAGUUCUUUUAAUGAGUUCUAAUUCAACACUAAAUAAGUAUAAUGAGAAUUAUAACCAAAAGAAAGUAAUGGAGUCCAACUGCAGUAAACUGAAAAAUGUACUGUGCAAUGGCAGCAGCAUUCAGCUCAGUAAGAUCUGCCCUUCUCACUCCGAAAACGAGUUCAUCAAAAAGGAACUCUCGGAUACCACAAGCCAGUGCAUGAAAGAUAUACAAAUCGUUCUGGAUUCAAAUCUCACCAAAGACGCUAAUGUAGACAGACUACAUCUGCAAAACUGUAAAUGGUACCAAAAGAAUGCACUUUUGGAUAAAUUCACUGAUACUAAGAUUAAAAAGGGUUUAUUGCAAUGUACUCAAAAGAAAAUUGGACCUAGCCACUCAGAUGUGCCUACUAGUUCCUCAGCUGCUGAAAAAGAGCAGGAAGUGAAUGCUCGUUUACUUCAUUGUGUGAGUAAACAGAAAAUUUUACUUAGCCAGGCUAGAAGAACUCAGAAACACUUGCAGAUGCUCCUGGCAAAGCAUGUUGUUAAGCACUAUGGUCAACAGAUGAAAUUUUCUAUGAAACAUCAGCUGCCCACAAUGAAGAUCUUUCAUGAACCCACAACAGUUCUGAGUAAUAGUUUACUUGAACACACUGAAAUUAAGCCAGAAGUCAACAUAUUGGCUUCAGAGAAUAAGUUUUGGGAUGAUACAAACAAUGGCUUUUCUCAGUGUACAGCUGCAGAAAUCCAAAGAUUUGCACUGUCUGCUACAGGGCUGUUGUCUCAUGUUGAAGAGGGUCUGGACUCUGACGCCACCGAUAGCAGCUCAGAUGACGAGUUGGAUGAAUAUACCAUUAGAAAAAAUGUGGCAGUAGUCUUCCUAUGCUCUGGCUGUCCUGGAACUCACUAUGUAGACCAGGCUGUCCUUGAAUGCAGAGCAAUCAGCCUGCCUGUGUCUUCUGAGUGCUGGGAUAAAAGCAACUCUAGUACUGAAUGGAAGUGGCUUGUAGACAGAGCACAAGUUGGCAGCCGAUGGACUUGGCUUCAAGCUCAGAUUUCAGAGCUGGAAUACAAAAUCCAGCAGCUAACAGAUAUCCACAGGCAGAUUCGUGCCUCUAAGGGGAUAGUGAUCUUAGAAGAAUGUCAGCUUCCAAAAGACAUUUUGAAAAAACAAAUACAGUUUUCAAACCAAGCAGUUUCAUUAAACACUUCAGUGAAUUCUCAGGUUCCCCAGAGGAGUGAAGAGCCUUUACCAGAACACGAUUUUGAGAUGUCACCAAGCAGCCCUACACUACUUCUUCGAAACAUAGAGAAACAGAGUGCACAGUUGACUGAGAUCAUUAACAGUUUGAUUGCCCCUCUCAACUUGUCUCCAACUUCAUCACCCCUCUCUUCCAAAUCCUGUAGCCACAAAUGUCUGGCUAAUGGCAUUUCCAGAAGUGCUUCAGAGAAUUUAGAUGAGCUCUCUUCCUCCAGUAGCUGGUUACUUAAUCAGAAGCACAGUAAGAAAAGGAGAAAAGACAGGACAAGAUUGAAAUCUCCAUCCUUGGCUAUCAUGAGUACAGCUGCGCGAACAAGGCCCCUUCAAAGUUUCCAUAAGAGAAAACUCUACAGAUUGAGUCCCACUUUUUACUGGACUCCCGAGACUUUACCUUCAAAAGAAGCAUUUUUAAGUAGCACACAGACGCCUUACACGGGAUCACCGUUCAGUUGGGACAACUGGGAACAGAGUUCCAGGUCUCACCUGUUAAGAGAACAGGUUUCCAAACUCGAUUCCUCCUUCCAUCCUGUUUUGUCAUUGCCAUCAGAAAUUCCCCUUCAUCUUCAUUUUGAGACCUUAUUCAAGAAGACCGACAUGAAAGGAGAGCUUGCUGAAAAUCAAUUUGUAGGUGACUGUCUCAUAUCACCGCCACCUGUACAAGGUACUUCUUCUCUGAAUCAGUGGAGAAAUGGAUAUUCACCUAUAUGUAAGCCUCAAAUAAGGUCACAACCAUCUGUACAACUAUUACAGGGAAGAAAAAAAAGACAUUUAAGUGAAACAGCAUUAGCAGGAGAAAGAACUAGAUUUGAAGAAUUUGCUUUUCAACGUUCAGAACCAGGAUCUCAUUGCAAUUUUACUGCUGUCUCUAAUGCCAAUGUCACAUCAAGAACCCAGAAUCCAUCCUCACAAAAUACUUCACGACGGAGGUUAAGAAGUGAGAGCUCUUAUGAUAUAGAUAACAUUGUGAUUCCCAUGUCAUUAGUAGCACCAGCCAAAUUAGAGAAACUCCAGUAUAAAGAAAUACUUACUCCACGCUGGAGGAAGGUUGUUCUUCAGCCCCUUGAUGAGCAUAACUUAAACAAAGAAGAGAUAGAAGAUCUUUCUGAUGAUGUCUUCUCCCUAAGACACAGAAAAUAUGAAGAGAGAGAGCAAGCUAGGUGGUCACUGUGGGAACAAAGCAAAUGGCACAGAAGAAAUAACAGAGCUUACAGUAAAAAUGUGGAAGGGCAGGACUUGGUUCUGAAGGAACACUCAAGUGAACUUGGCAGUGCUCAGCAGGGUACUGCAGAAAGUCCUUUUGAACUCCCAGCAGAAAGCCACAGUCUGUGUGCUCAGGACUCCCUUUCUUUAAAUGAUGGUCAAGAAGACAAGUCUUUGCGGUGGGAGCGGCGAGCAUUUCCACUGAAGGAUGAGGAUACAGCAGCCUUAUUGUGCCAAGAUGAAAGAAAGGAUCAGACUGGGGGGACAAGCACAGCCUUCCACGAUGAAGUCUUCUGUAGUACUACACCUGAGAGUGGCCACCCUCCAAAGAUGCAGUUAGAUGGAAUGGAAGAAUAUAAAAGCUUUGGUAUAGGAGUUACUAAUGUUAAAAGAAAUAGGUGACAGGGAACGUAUUAAGAAAAAUAUGUAACUGAAAGGAAAAGAGGAAAAAGCCUACAACCCUCUCUGCUGGAUCCAUCCCCACCUCCUCCGGUCAGGGUUCCAGAACAGGAGGAGGCCCACAUGCAUCCAUCUUUCAUGUUCAGGGAACAUGCCGAUGUCUUUUUUUUCUUCCUGAAUCACAGAAGUAGCUAGCUUCUUACCUACACAAAUGCUAGUAACUUGUGUUUGCCAAUAAUACAAAUCACAAGCACUAAGAUAUUAACUGCUGCAAUUUGAUGACAAAUCACACCUCGGGGCAUUUGUUGAGGUACGAGCCCCUCCCUGAUAGUACUGUUGAUUUGCAUCAAAUGACAACUAUUCUUUGUUUCUAUUCUCAUGGCAGUUCACUAAAACUGCCUCAAUAAUAUGAGAAUAUGCUAGUGUGUAUACAGAAUAUAUACACAUACAGUGCACACAUAUGUAGUCUUAAAACUGCAUGUAUGAAUUACUCUAUGCAAUAUAAGUUGCCAUGAAUACCUAGCACAGGUGCUGACUUAUAGCAGACACCUGAAAGCUUUGACUGUGGAGAGGGAGUUGUUUUUUCUUUUAUUCUAAACAUUGUUUAACCAAUAUAAGUUAUUUAUGGAAAUUCUUAUAUCAGAUAACGCAAUAUUCAUUUAUUUGAAAUCACUGUUCUCUCCUGAACUAACCACAGGCUUUCUGCUUACUCCUAACAGAAUUAAGAGAAGCAACUUAAGAGUUUAAUAUAUUGAUACAUUUAAAACUAUUGUCGUUGGGAAUUCACCGAGUUUACUUGCUUUAUGGACCUCCUCAAGACAGCAAUUUAAAGUGUAAAACAGCACACAAAUCAUAAUAUGGCUGUAUUUCUAGCUGAUGUACAGCUAGAAGCUUCUAAUUUGGUUUUUCCUUACCAUAGCUUUCAUAAAUACCUAUGCUUACAGGCAUCCUAGAUCAAGAAUUCAAGUUUUCCAAGACCAAAACUUUAAUAUAGAAUACUGAGGAGUGUACAUUAAGGAAAAUUCUUUUUGAAGCCAUACCAUUUUUUUUUCCUAGAUGAAAGUUAAGGACAAUUUGUAUCAACCACUUUUUGUUAUGCAAAGAAAGGUUACUCAAUUUGUAGUUCCCAUACUACUGAAAAUCCUGGCCACUGAGCUUGGACUCUAUGGGAUUAGAUAUAUAAGGUUUUGUUGAGGAUUAGAAAUUAAACUGAUCCCUGCAGAAGGGGGGUGGGGAACCAUUUAAAUUCAAUACUUACAAACUUUUGCUUAUAGUUUUACUGUACAUUUAUUUUUAAAGAAAAAGAUAACAAAAGCCAGAAAAAUACAAGUUGUCCCAACAAAUAAUUUCAAAUCUUUGUCAUGACUGAUAUUAUAACCUUCUACAUAGUUUUUUUUUAAUUAAAGUUAUUUCUAUA